AUGUUACUUCGAACAAUUUCUCUACUAACACUUGUUUUGUGUGGUGUAAUUUUGUUUGAAAAUGUUCAAGGUCAAAGGGAUCCACCCAUCGAUGCAAAUGACUAUAAGAGUGCAAUCACUACUGACUCCAUAAACACUGACGAUGCAAAUGACUAUAAUGAGGAAUACAGUAAGAUGUUCAAUUCUCUUAAGCGUCUAGAUGAGAUAAUGAAAAUCUUUGAAUUAGCCAAAGAAUGA